UUGUCCUACUUUGUAUUACGGCGUUGCUUUGCGCCAUCAAUUACACAAACGCUAAUAUGGAUGGAGGCCCUGGUCUGUGGUUUGUCCACGGAAUAAACGAUUGCAAUGAAGAACUACCACGAGUGGCCAUCAACGUGACCGUCAACAAACACAAAUUAAAUCGUACGCACGACGUAUACGAUGCAACACUGGACGUAUAUGAAACCGUGGGCGAUGGCUAUGGGAUUUUAAUAGACAUUUGCAAGCAUACAGAUGGUGGAUGCAAACAAGUUCAAUUAGUCACGGACAACGAUAUAGGAAAGUUUGCUGAGAAAUAUGCCCAAAACAAUAUGGAAGUAGCUUUUACUAUGGCCGGAAUCGAUCCUCCGCAUUUUCCUAUCCAACCGGGUACCUACAAAAUCGAGGACUUCUACUUCGACCAUUGUGAAAUGCCAGAGGAAUCCAUAUAUGGGGAGUUCACCGCGGACUCAUUCAUCGUGAAGGAUAACGUACGUGUAGCGUGUUUCAGGACACAUGUCGAGUUUAGGGAGGACGAAGACGAUAUUUGUAACAGGGGAUAGAGUUUUAUGUUAAUAAAUAAUUACUUCUUAUAGGAGGACACUCUCGUUCUUUCUCACCUCAAAAAAAAAAACGCGAUACAUCCCUCGACCUUUCUCGUGAUCAUUGUAUUACUUAAUAGGUAAUCCUUCUUCUGUGCCUGACACACGACGACCACAUUUAAGUCCAAUACUACAGCCGGAGUUCGGAACUCAGAACUCUUGUUCAUAACAUUUAAAUACUAAGGUGAAGUACCACAAGUUUUAGGGCAAGAUCGAUAGAGCGCACUUAGACUUAGCUCAAACUUUACUUACGAAAAACUAAGUACGUAAAGUGUUUACUUAGUGUACACUAAGCAUAAACUAUGAUUUAGUAUUUAUAGACGUUUUGACAAUGCUGCAAGGUGACAGAUACGA